AUGGCUGGAGAGAUCCAAGAAAAGGACAAAAUGACAUUUCCGUUUCUUUAUAUACCUUAUCCCAUUCAGGAAGAAUUCAAGGCUAAACUUUAUCAGGUCUUGGAGACUGAGAAGACUGGCAUAUUUGAAAGCCCAACUGGAAUGGGAAAAUGUCUGAGUCUUAUUUGUGGAGCCCUCACAUGGCUCCAAGACUUUGAAGGGAAGAAGAGACAGGAAGAGGCCCGGCUGCUAGCAAUGGAAAGCAAUGGAAAGGAUUUAAAAGAACAGCCUGCAAAGGGCAGCACAGAGACUGCAGGUAGCCAGGUACCAACCGGGGAGCCUGACUGGAUUGCCCAUUUUGUGCAGAAGAAAGAAGAACGGGAAAUGGUACAAAAGCUGAAGGAAGAGCAAAUCAGGAAGAAGAAGAGAGAAGAACGUCUUGAGCAAAUUCGCCACAAUGUGCAGCUGAAGUACACAUCUAAAAGAAAGAGGAUUGAGGAGGAGACAGAGCAGCUGCUCCAGCUCAGUAAGGAAGUGUUGUCUAACCUGGGUGAGUUGGGGACUUUGGAGCCGUUGGAUCAGAAUGAGGAAGAUCUGAUCCUUGCUGAGUACGAGACUGACGAGGAGAAGAAAGUGGGAAGGAGGUUAAGUGAAGAUUAAGAUGAUACAGAGGAGGAGCAUAUAACUAAGAUUUACUACUGCAGCCGUACGCAUUCCCAGCUGGCCCAGUUUGUACAUGAGGUUCAGAAGAGCCCUUUUGGUAAGGAGACUUGGCUGGUCUUCUUGGGGUCUAGGCAGAACCUGUUUGUGAAUGAGGAAGUGAGAUGCCUGGGAGCCAUCCAGCUCAUAAAUGAUCGCUGUAUGGAGAUGCAGAAGAAAAC